AGUCGUUUCGCCCUGCCUAGAGUCAGUCAGUCAGUCGGGGGAAGGCGAGUCUGCCUGCAAGCGUUUCACUCUGCGUGGAUCCACCGUACACACGCGCGCGCGCUCACGCGGACCUUCACACGCAAUUAUUGUUAAUUACCGAAGGCUUUUCGGUCUUUCGAGAGUCUCCUAUCCACCAUGGGCGACAAAAAGAGCCCGACCAGGCCAAAACGACAAGCCAAACCGACGGCGGACGACGGCUUUUGGGACUGUAGCGUGUGCACGUUCAAAAACAGUGCAGAAGCGUUCAAAUGCAGCAUCUGUGAUGUACGGAAGGGCACGUCUACCAGGAAGCCCCGGAUAAACUCCCAGCUGGUGGCUCAGCAGGUGGCCCAGCAGUACGCCACCCCUCCUCCCCCAAAGAAAGAGAAGAAGGAAAAGCCCGAGAAGGAUCGAGGCGAGGGGGAGCGACCUGACAAAAAUCUCCCCGAAAGCGAACACGCGGACAAGGACAAGAGCGAGAAAGAGCAGCCCGACAAAGAGAAAAAAGACAGAGAGAAAGAAAUCACACCAGCCAUCACCAAGAAACCCAACAGCAAAAAGAACAGGUCCGUUUGUCACCGACCCAAGUCAGACAGCCAUCAAAGCCCACCCAGUGAAAGAAACAGCAUUCAAUCUGGCAAAUCCACAACCAAGAACUCCCACAUCUCCAGGCCCAAGCUGAAGAACAUCGACAGGAGCACAGGCCAGCAGCUGGCCAUCACAGUGGGGAACGUCACAGUGAUCAUAACAGACUUUAAGGAGAAGACCCGCACCUCCUCCACCUCCUCCUCCACAGUCACCUCCAGCGCCGGCUCGGAACAGCAACACCAGAGCUCUGGCUCCGAGAGCAUGGACAAGGGCUCGUCCCGUGCUUCAACCCCAAAGGGAGACCUUUCGAUCGGGCACGACGAGUCAUUCUGAGCGCUACGAACAUUGUGGAUGUGAACCCCAAGGGAUGUAUUUGCCUCCAUUUUGUCCUUCACCGUACCCUGAGCUUCUCAUUUCUUUGACCGAGAGAUGGAUAUACAUUAUUCUUCAACACACACAAGUUUGUGCACACAUUACAUGUAUGUUUGUGUGCAUGGUGCAAAUGCAUAUCACUGGACCAUGGAUUUGGGCUUUUGGGAUGUAACGUCCCUCUCUUAUUUUCCGGAAGACAUCCCGCUCUUGUAUGUAUUGUUUUAUAUUUGUAAGUGGAUGUGCAGCUGAAUCGACUUUUUUCUUUUGUUAAAAAAUACCUAUAUGUAAAUGUCCACCGUGCACAAUAACCACCUACAUUUUAACUGUUUUGGACCAUUAUUGCUUCUUAUUUAUUACGUUGCAUCGUUCUACUUUUAGACAUACGUUUCGUUUUUUGUUGAUGCUUUUUUUAAGUAGCUCAAGCAGAUGGCUCCCCUCUUAGUGUUGAACGAUUUUUCCUGAGAAACUUUCCACAAUGGUGCUAGAUACACUGUGAAAUGGUUUCAGUCCGCCGACUGACGUUCACACCAUUGAAACAGAUCCCGCUCCAAUCACGUAGACAAUGGAAAUAUUUGUAUCCUGGUGUCAGGCCGCAUUCUUCUUCUGCUUUGUUUUGGGAUAUUCCAUUUUGAACAGUUGUGCACCGGUGUCUGGUUUCGCCCGCAAACCCCUAUCCUCGAAUAAACUGAACGAAGCGGCGUUUUUGCCUCAUUUGAUAUUGGGGAGACGACUAGGAUUGACAAACUGCAAGGAGGCGUGCAUGGUGUGAACUUUGGAUUCGGAAGUUCAAAUGAUGCUGAACUAAACGUCAGUGAUUCUCACUUUUAUUGAACAGCUUUUGUUGUCCAUCAUGGUAUACAAAUGAUGUAUUAUAGAAACACUACAAGGGUUUGACGUCUCAUUGGGUCAACAGGCCUUAAAUGUUGAACUACAUUGUGCAUCCUGCAGUUUUUGAUUGAUUGAUUGAUUGAAUGAAACAAGUUUUAAUGUUUCUUACUCGGCCUUGUUUUAAUCUGAAGAUUUAUUUGGAAUUGUUCCACGGUUUAACAUAAAUUAUUCAAUAGGAGACAUUGAAGAAAUUGACGUGAAUGUCUGGUGCAAAACAUGAGCAGAACUCCAAACACUUGCUAAAAAGUGAAAGUUGGAUCAGAUAAAAAAAAGUUUAUAUAACUUAAAAUUUCCUAUUAGUUUCACUUUAGGUAAAACUUUUUAAGUUGAACCAACUUUUCACUUUUUACAGUGCGUCAACAAAGCAAAUCAAAAAAGCAGGAAUCUCCUCAUAAACUCUAAAGAUGUCUAGCCGGCAGUCCCACAAAUUUUAAGUAUCCUCCCUUUGAACUGUAUUAAACUUGUAUAAAGUAUGUGUAUAUGAUAUGAGUUUUAUUUAUUGAAGGACCAAAGGAAUUUGAUAUUGUUGACAUGCUAGGCAAAUGAAUAAUUCAAAAUGUAAUGACCAUAUGUGUGAUAUAACAUUUUAAUAAAGUCUAAUAUAAUCCAUUUCAAUCGUGUAAUUCUUGUCCACUUGAUGUGGUCCACUUAUAUUCAGAAUAUUUUCACAGUUGUAAAGUCAUUCGAGUCAAAACCGAAAAGGACAACGCUGACAUUUGUCAUUGUACUUCAUGAUGUGGUCUUUAGUUAUUAAAAAAGUUUCCUAACUCUUCACCGUCAAUUUUAUGUACAUCUGGAAAUGAAGAGAAGGGUAUUUUUGUUGCAGAACUGGUGAAACUGUUGACAACUUUUGUCAUUUAAUAUACUAAUACUCACAGACAUGCAUCAUGUAUAAAUGAAGGCUUUACAGAAUCAAGAGUAACUUUGUGUCUUUUGAUGUGUUUGUGAUGUAAACCAACCAAACCGGUGUUUUUGUUGGAUACAAAGCAUUUAAAUUGUAUUCAUUUUGAUUAGUUUAAGAGUAAACCUAUAGGCACUAUUUUUGAUUUAUUUUUUCCAGAAGUAUGCUUGGUAACUGGUUUAGUAGAUGUGUGACAAAUCAAUGGGGUCUACAUUAUUUAGAUGAUUGAGAUUUUACCACGUUAACCCAUUUAACAAAUUUGCAACUGCAUAACUUUUCUUAAAAUGUUAAAUAUAGCCAUUUUUUACUUGCCUUACCCGCUGUCACAAACUGAAUUUUGUAAAAUUGUAAAGCUAAACCAGAACAAUAAAUUGUAUCUUAAUUUAUUUAAAUUUGAAGAGGGGCAAAACAAGAUUUGCUGAAAUAAACUGUGCUUAUGUGUAUAACUCGAAAUGGUGCAAAAGCCAACAUAAUAGGCUGUGAAUGGCAAUGGAGCUAAACGUUUUCUUUCCUUUUUUACACGCAAGCAGUUCUGUUCUUGUGUACGACCAGUAACCUUAAUUUACUGUGUAAAGAUGGUUACAUUUUUUUUUAGCUUUGUUUGUCAGAAACCCAAAUACAGAAUGCUUGUUUACGUAUGAUAUAGCGUUAAACUUGUGACAUUUCUGUGUAUGUGUAUAGCCAUGGCUCUUUUCAUUUUGUCACUGUCUUGUAAAAAUGCUUUUACCGUUUCAUUUUGCAUAUUAACAUAUUUUGAGACUAAUAGUAAACAAAUCUUAUUUUUUCGUUUUAUCUUUUGUUUCUUCCUAGUUGCUGUGUUGGUAAUUUUGUGGGGCUAACCUAAUUUAAUUUACUUUGACUUGUAAUGUAUUUUUUAUUUUUUUUUUGCUUUAUCACUUGUUUUAUUUUUUAUUGAUCACUGCUCCCUGUCUAUAGCUGAUACAAUGCUAACAUUCAACACAACUUUUGGCAUGUGCACGACUUUGCUUUUAGAAGCGUUUUAUCAUUUCCCUUGCUUCCUGUAGAAAUGUCUAUUGAUGCAUUUUGCUUGUGUUUUUUACCACAAAUAAAAUGUUCGAUUUAA